AUGCGCUCGCCAUCGAGCUUCGCCGUGCUCGCUGCGGCUUUGGCCCAGGCGCAUGCGCAGUAUCUUGUCAAUGACCUCAGUUUUGGUUAUGGCCCCAGAAUAGCUCCCGAGGGGCAGCCCCAGAUCCCAAACUAUGGAAUGCAAGGCCGACCUGGUCUUCCGGAAUUGCUCUCCAACAAAAUCAUCCUUACGCCAGUAGCCCCCGGUAACCAACGCGGUGCUGUCUGGUCUUCAAAUCAGCUCAACCAGCAGAACUGGAUCGCCGAUGUCGAGUUUCGUGCGAACGGUCCGGAGCGGGGUGGUGGUAACCUCAACAUCUGGCUGGCAAGGGACGGUGCCCAUGUGAUCGGGACCGAGAGCAUCUACACAGUCGGCAGGUUCGAUGGUCUGGCUCUGGUGAUCGACCAGCACAGCGGGUCUGGCGGUAUGCUUCGCGGCUUCCUCAACGACGGCACCACCGAUUAUAGGUCCCAGCACAACGUAGACAGCCUGGCUUUUGGUCAGUGCAGCUUUGGUUACCGGAACCUCGGCCGUCCCACCCAGAUCAAGAUUCGGCAAACCGACCAGAAAUUCAGCAUCGAAGUUGCCGGGCGCCCAUGCCUCGAGAGCGACAAGAUCCGCCUUCCUCCCGGAUACAACGUCGGUAUCACUGCCGCCUCCGCCGAUACGCCUGAUUCCUUCGAAGUGUUCAAGCUUGUUGUUUUGACCGACGACAGCCAUCAUUAUGGCGGUUCUGACAACACCCAGCACCACGACAGCUAUGCAUCCCAUCAGGAGAACACCCACCAGCAAGACCAACAUUACCAACAGCAACAACAGCAGGAGGAGCCCAAGAGGAAGAUGAACUUUGGCCGCGGAGGUCAGGCCAAGAUCGAGGAUCCCUAUGACAACGUAAUUCCCGACCAAGAUGCGUCCACCAUUUCCACUCAGCAAGCCCAGUUUGCCGAUCUGCACAACCGUGUCCAGAGCAUCAACCACCAUUUGUCCUCCAUCUUCCGCACUCUUGGCCAGAACCACGGUGUCGGGGAGCAGCGCCAUGCCGAGCUCUCAUCCAUGAUCAACGAUGUCAAGAACUUCCUCCACCGCCUGGACAAGCUUGACGUUCUGGAGCAUCGUAUGGGAGAUGUCGAGCGCGAAUUGAGAUCUCUUCGGAGCGAGCUCAGCGGAAAGUUGAGGGAGAGCGAGAACGCCAUCAAGUACCACGUCAGUGACAAGCAUGAGGCGCUGCAUGAGCAUGUCAAGGAGCACGCCGGGACUGGACACACCAAGCUGAUUUUGGUGAUUAUUCUGAGCCAGGCGGUGUUGGCCGGUGCGUUUUACAUGUAUAAGAAGAGGAAGAGCUCGCCAAAGAAGUACCUUUAG